AUGGCUCAAAGAAUUGUUCCCGAUCGUUUUCUUGAUGCAGGAGAAGAACCAGAUCAAGCGUUAACACCUAUCGAAGGGUACGAAAAAGCACCAUUGGUAUCACUUAUAAAUGCUAUUCAACCGAUUAAAUCUUUGCUUCAUAACGCUGACUCAAUGGCUGAAACAGCAAGACGUAACUCGCGUAAACCAGCUAAUGAUUUAACUCCUGAUGAAUCAGCUGCUAUUCAUCUGUAUACGAUGCAAUGGCCCGAACCAUAUCCAAGUCUCUAUAGUAUCCUUAAUCAGAAACUUCGCUCUAAACACAGAGAAACACUCAUACCAUGGUUUCUCUUUCUUAAACUUUUCUUUACUGGUUUGUACAAGCUUCCAUCAUUCAAGGGUACUAUAUGGCGUGGUGUUGUCGGUAAUUUAACUGAUCAAUAUGAUGAAGAUCAUAUAUGGUGGGGUGCAAGUUCAUGUACAGAAACGAUGCAAAAAAUGGAAACAUUUGUUGGAUCGAAAGGUGUUCGUACCUUAUUUACUAUUGAAUGUAUUAAUGGCAAGGCUAUAAAGACCCAUUCUUAUUUUAAAGAAGAAAAUGAAAUAUUACUCAUACCAGGCAGUUAUUUUCAAGUAGUAGAUAAGUGGAAAGCAGCUACAGAUUUGUAUAUGAUUCAUUUACGAGAAAAAACACCACCAUAUCAAACUAUUGCUCCUCCUUUUGACGCAUCUGCACCAUCAAUCAGAAUCCAGUCUCCGGAAAAACGCACAAAUUCUACAGAAACGAAAGAAAUUUCAAGUCCCAAUACUGCAUCGACUAAAGACCAAGGUAAUUUUGUUGUAUUUUCCUUUAUCUUCAAAAUUCUUUGA